UGAUCAAUUCAUCUCUACCAAGAAGCAGUAGCAACAUUGGAUUCUUGACAGAAGAUGACCGUGAAGGGCGGCACCAGCCAAGCCUGUGCUGCGUGCAAGUACCAAAGAAGGAAGUGCGCUUCUGAUUGUGCUCUUGCACCAUACUUCCCUCCAGACAAGCCCAAGAUGUUCCAGAAUGCACAUAGAUUGUUUGGUGUAAGUAAUAUUCUCAAGAUAUUGAAGCAACUGAGCCCAAGUCAGAAGAAUGAUGCCAUGUAUUCCAUCAACUUCCAAGCCUACUUGCGUGAGAAGUUUCCCGUCCAUGGUUGUUAUGGUUACAUCUGUCAACUCAGGUUCCAGAUUGAUCAGAUUCAACAGGAGCUCCUUGCUGUUCAGACCCAGCUUGCCCUGUAUCGACAGCAGCACCACAACCACCUCCUCUCCUCCUCCUCAUCACCUCCACCACAACAUUCCCCUUCUUCCCAAUUACAAUUGGGCAUGGCUACCUCACCUACAACAAACAAUUCUCUCCCUUUCUUCCACCAUUCAUAUAAUCAGACUUUCAAUACUGGAAUUUCUCUUGAUCCCAACAAUGGAAACAAUAUUUCUAAUAAUGUUAAUGCUUACAACACAGCUGUUUAUGUAGAUUCUAAGGAUAAUAUAGUGAACCCUUUAUGGAUUCAAAAUCAGAAUCCUUAUAACAAUGCAUCCAACACUAGUAGCAACAAUAAUUCAGCAGCAUCAGUUAGUCAAGCGCCAUUGCUCAUCUCUCAAAUGCUUCCUAGCCAACAAGAACUAACAGAAACUCCACAAGAUUAUGAUGAAAUCCCUCCAUUUUUCGACACUAUUGACGAUAGACAAUCUUACAUUGAUUCCAAAGAGGCUUAUGAUUCCAGCAGCUCGGAGGAUUCAUUGAAGGGUACGACGCAAUCGAUGAGUAUGUUCAGGAUAAUGAACUAAAGAGCAUGGCUACGUAUGCUUCA